AUGUCCACAGAAAAGGAUAAAUCAGAAAAGACGAAAAUCAAUGCCCAGGUUAAACAUGUACCCAAAGAUGCCCAGGUGAUAAUGUCGAUACUGAAAGAUUUGGGCAUACAGGAAUAUGAGCCAAGGGUCAUUAAUCAAUUAUUGGAAUUUUGCUAUCGAUAUGUAACAUGUAUACUGGAUGAUGCCAAAGUCUUUGCUAAUCAUGCCCGCAAGAAAACCAUCGAUUUGGAUGAUGUCAAAUUGGCCACAGAGGUGGUGUUGGAUAAAGCCUUCACCUGUCCGCCACCGAGACAUGUCAUUUCCAAAUUAGCUGAAGUCCGUAACAGUAUGCCCCUGCCGCCCAUUAAACCCCAUUGUGGUCUACGCCUACCACCCGAUCGUUAUUGUCUCUCCGCCUGCAAUUAUAAACUAAGAGCUGCAAAUCAAGCUAAAAAGAUGACUAAAUCAGCUUUGGAAAAUCGUAGUACAAUUAAGGCACAAGUUAAAUCCGGUGGUGCGGGUAGUUCGGUUAAACGUCAAACUGUCGCAACACCGAAAGCACAAGUUGUCACAAUACCCAAGCCGGUUAUUAAAUUUACCACAACUGCCAAAACGGUAUCAGUUGAUAGUAAAGGUGGUAUAACGGGUACAUCUUCAGGUGCAGGCGGUGGUAUGUCCGAUACUAUGGGGGAGGUUAAAAUGGAAGUAGAUUCCGAUACAAAUGCUGUUGUGGGCUCUAUAACCACUGUACAAUCCUCAAAUUUGGGUGUUAAACGUGAACGUGAUGAGGAUGAAUUUGAAGUAGUUCCAUAAG